GAGUCAGACUCUCUAACCCUUAGGCCACGACUGCCCCCACUCAUUAGGCCACGACUGCCCCCAGGACAAGGAUAUGAAGGAUAUGAAGGAUAUGAAGGAUACGAAAUUUCACCAAAGAACAUGACUUUACUCGUAAACCGAAAUACAGUUAAAUAUAACAGAACAAUGAAUGAAUAAAAUAACUAUUUACAUACAUGCCAACGGUAGUCUACAUGUAGGCCUAUUUCCUACAUCCUAUGCCUUUAACUUUUGUUGCAAGCUUUCGUUUUACUUUGUUGCUGCUUGCUUCACAGAUUUGAGCAACUUUCCAGAAACCUUAACCUCAUAGCACUCUGUGUCAAUGAAAUGUUUAUCUUGCAAGACAUCAGAUUCACAAGUGUUUGGUGAGACAUCUGACUCCUAAAUUCUGCCUUUAUGUGACGCACAAUGCUGAAUGCUCUUUCCACAUCACAGUUAGAAUUUGGCAGCACCAGUAGCACCUUCAUCAGCUGAAAGAUCUCCCUGAAUCUGCCCUGAGCUCAGAGAUCUUACUUUGGGCAGCUUCCCCCAGAACUCAUCGACUUGUAAAUUCUUGUAAUUUGGCACCAGUGCUUCCAGGUUAGUUGAGACAUGAUCCAGGAUUUCUCUGGCAUCUGCCUUCAUCACAUUUGGAAAUCUCUAUGCCAAAGUCAGAAUUUGCUCUGGUUUCACAUCAUCUUGGUUCUCUGGAUUGACCACUGACAUUUUUCAAGAUUUGGUCUCUCAUUGGGAACUUUUCCUUUACUUUUUGAAAGCUCCUGACAUAGAAUGCUCUGACAUCUUUGAAGAAUUGCUUUUGUCUUGUGAGUAGAAAGUGCUUCCUCACUUAGCAAAGAUCUCCUUGUCAAGAACCCAACAGAAAGUUCUUCAUCUGGACAAUGAAUUUCAGGGUUGCUCACAUCUAUCUCUUGCGAUUUCAGUUCUCUCAAUACCUUUGGCACAAUAAAUUUGCUUGCUGUGUCAUGGAGGAGUUCUUCCACACUGUCAUUUAACUUGAAAAUUACAGUGUUUUUCUAUUCUCUGCUGGGCUACAUUGGAAAAAGUCCUGAAACUCUUCUUUUUCUCUUUUCUUUUUGAACUUUUCUCAAAGUAUUAGUAGAUGUCAAUUAGCAGUUCCUCAGGUGACAUUGAGAGCUCUUUAGAAGCAGUUUUGGCACAUAUGUUAAUCAAGUGACUUGGACUGCCAACACUGUAUAUAUAAGGUGCCUGUGCUUUCACUCUCGAUAAGACAGAGUGACAUGAUUUUACCAAUCAUGACAUUGCACUUGUCACUGCUGAAUCCUAUGCAAUUAGACCAUUCAAGGCCUUUUUCAUGCAUGGAUUAUUCAAUGCAGUUGAAUAUGUUGGCAGCUUUGGCAUCAUUGCACACUGGCAUGUCUACAAAUCCUACUAAGUCUACAAACUGCCAACGUAUCCUGUGCUUCACUCAAGUACCUGACUAAAAUGGCACACUCCUCACACAUGAUGUCAUUGCUUUCAUCAACCAUAAUACUGUGUAGCCUUUUUUCUCUCUGGAUUAACUUGUACAAAUCCCCUGAACAUACAGUUUCCAGUGCCAGGUUCAUCAUAGCUGCCGUUUUAGUGGAAGUGCAGGCAUAAUUUUUUGGUUUAGCGCACAGUCUCUGUCACGCAUGCGCGCUCUUGCUCGCUCGCUUUAGAUUCCGGGAGAUUUUAACUCAUUUGCGGGCAUCAGGGAGCCGCCAUAGAUAUCUAUACACUAGAUGUCGCCUUGGGGUCCUAAAAAUGCGUCAAAACCGCCUCCAUCUUUAUACGGCUUUAAAUGCAUGGACGAUGCCUGACUUCUGUGCUGCGUUUGGAUGUUCAAACGAAAGAAAUAUAAAAACCAGACAGCAAGAGAUUACAUUUCACAGCCACAGUGGCCAACUCUUCCUCUUGCUAUUAUUGAGGAAAUUCUUCUAAACCUGCCUGGCCAUCAAGUGAUUUGUGUGUGUCGCCUGGUGUGUUCUGAGUGGAAGUCGGUGGUGGACAGCAAUGCGUUUUGGAGAAAGCGAUGCCGUAGGGAAGGACUCAAGCCUCUCAAUAUCCACAAAGUCCCAAGACAUUGGCAGAUGUUUUAUUUUCUAUGUAAAAUGAGACGGAAUCUUUUGAAGAACCCCAAUGCGGAUGGCUUUGCUGGCUGGAAAAUCGAAGAAAAUGGAGGUGAUGGAUGGAUUAAAGAUUGUAUUUUUGUACCUCAUCCAGAUGAGACUGUAACAAAAUGCUUUGUUACCUCUUAUGAGCAAUGCAUAAAGAGUCAGCUGAUCAACCUAGAGGAAGAAGGGUACAGUCCUGCAAUUAUGGAUGAAAUACAGCCUGACAUUGUGAUAUCUGAUUGGUAUGCUCCACGGUGGGACUGUGGCAGUGAAUAUCAAAUUCAAGUUGAGUUACUCAAUCACCGGAAGAGGACUGUCCAGUCAUUUGAGUCAGAGCCUGUGUUUUUUCCUCAAUGGAAUGAUCAGAAAUGGGAAGAGAUGACAUAUACCUUUAAGGACUAUGGACCUGGUAUUCGAUUUAUCCGUUUUAAGCAUGGAGGGAAGGACACACAGUACUGGGCUGGACAUUAUGGAAUAAGAGUAACUCACAGUAGCGUGGAAAUUUCCCCAUCAGCAUAACAUAGUAACAAUACAGAUGAUAUGUAAAAUGAUAAUGAUUAGGAAAGUGGUAGCUUAGUGGUUAAGGUGUUGGACUACUGAUCGGAAAGUUGUGAGUUCGAACCCCAGGUACGCUAAGCUGCCACUCCUGGGUCUCUGAGCAAGGCCCUUAACCCUCAGUUGCUCAGUGGUAUAAUUUGUUUAUAAAUGUAAGUCACUGUGCAUAAGGGUGUCUGCCAAAUGUCUGAAUGUAAAUGAUUACUGCAAUUAUUUAUACUAAUAUGCUUAAAAUAUGUCUGUGGUGUUCAAUGUGAUGGAAAGAAUAUUAAACAGAGAUGUUAUAAAAAUGUAAUCCAAUUAUGUAUAAAAUAAUUAGCAUAAUCAAAUUCUUACAUAUAAUUGUAAAAUCAGCUAAAUGUAUUUUUUGAGAUCUAAGGUAAGAAUCAGCAAAUUUUGAUCUGUGCAUCAUAUUAAAACAUUAAAAAUAUCA